UAUGGCAUCAUCCGCAUUAAAGUAUGCUAAUCAACUGCGGCCAAAUGACAACAAGGGCCCUUGUGGAGGGGUACAGCUAUUUGACAACCCAGCAGAUAUAUCAAAAAAGUUUAAGCAGACUGUUGAGUUAUUGACACGCGCUAAAAAUGUUGUAUUACACUCAGGUGCUGGUAUGUCAACUGCCGCUGGUAUUCCCGAUUUUCGGGGUCCAUCUGGUGUAUGGACUGUAAUGAGCCAUAAGCGUGUUGGCAAUAAAAAGCGUAAAAUGACAGAUGGGGACUGUACUGUAAAGGAUACGAGUAACACCUGUGUGGAGUUUGGUACUACAAAGUUGGAGCCGGUGGAGUUUUCUCAUGCACUACCGUCGGAGGCCCAUCUUGCUACAUUAGCUCUACUACGCGCUGGUUAUAUCCGCACAGUGAUUACCCAGAACAUUGACGGCCUCCAUGCAAUUAGUGGUAUGAAGCACAGUGAAUGCAUUGAAUUACACGGGAAUGUAUUCAUUGAGCGUUGCAUUUUUUGUGCCCGCAGAUACUUACGUCCAUAUGUUGCUCCUACUAUCAGCUUUAAACCCACAGGCAGUCAUUGCGGGUUGUGCAACUUUCCACCUUAUGGAAUACUUACAGACGUUGUGUUAGAUUGGUUCGAUCGUUAUGAGGACCAUUUUGAGAAGAGGGCUAUAUCGCAUGCUGAGGAAGCAGACUUCCAUCUGACCCUGGGAUCAUCAUUACACGUCGAACCAGCAUGUUGUUAUGCAUCUUCCGAACACUUCAGGAAGGAAAAUGCGCCACUUGUGAUUGUUAAUUACCAAAAAACUAGGUUGGAUCCAGAGGCCGAUGUCGUCCUCCAUUGUGAUGUAAAUCAAAUAUGCAAGAAGUUGCUCAAAACAUUCAAUAUUGAGGCACCAACCUUUAUACGAAAAUAUUAUAUGGUUGCUUUACGUCAUGGGAAUAGUGGAUCUAAUACACUGCUACUACGUUUUCCAUGUAUAAAAAGUGUAAUGGUAGAUGGGAUGUACACAAUGGCAAGUGGAGUAACCCAUCGAUGUUUGGACAUAACUAGAGGUUUGCAUGAAUUCAGUUACACCGGAAACUUUGAGAUGUCACUACAGCUAUGGUUUGAAGCUGAGAUGAAGUUAAAAGUUGUCUACUCUAAGGAACCGAUUCUAAAUGGCACGGUUUGGCAAAUAUCUCUAGCCGCUACUUGCGGUAAAUAUGGCAAUCAGAAUACUGAACCACUUCUUCAUGAAUUUUGUGAAGUUUAUGACCAACCUGUUACGGUUUCAAGCUUGACUUUAGCGCACAAUGCUAAUAUGAUUCCUAAAUCUGAGGUUUGUCGUAUAGUGGGCAUAUUAGACUGUACCGAUCGUGUUAUUCCGGAUUACGAGUAUCAAUCCAUGCCCAUGCAUGUUAAAAGGCUGUAUGAACUGUAUAGCAAAUUAAAUGACUCGGGCAAGGUCAAUAUCCAGGGCUUGUUAGAUGUUAAAGUAGAAGACAUUUUGGAUACACUGGAUGCUAUAGACAAUGUUGAGGUGCUUCCUGAUAUUACAAAGGCAUCUAUAAGGGUUGGUUUGGAGCUUAAUUUGGGCAGUGUAGAUCGUAACCAGUUCUGCAUCGAUGUUGAUGCUUUGGUUGACGCAACACCGGGAAACACAUUCACUGUACAAGCAAAAAGAUUUCAUCAUAUGCAACUUCUGUGUCUUUCUGGCCAUGAGUUUGGGGAAUUAGUCAGCAAUGUUACAAAGGUCAUGCGACUAUGUUUACCAAGGAAGAUAAAGCCAGUAACUUCAUCGCGUUUGACGACCAUUAAUACCAUGGAACGCCUGACCCACUACGCUAUCCAGUGCAGCGUUGAACGCGUAAUGCAACAUCGGGAUGUAACACCACCGAUGGUAAACGUGUUGAAGAUAUUUACUACUCAAUUCCCAUUGUGGAUAUUGAGUUAUCUGACCGAUAUGUUUGAGUGCCGUUAGGCACGAGUAACCUUAAUUACGAACAGGACGUCACUUAAA